CUGCGCUUUGUGAAUGGUCUGGCGUCUGCACUGCGCUUUGUCCGCAGUGUCUGGUCAUGCCCUGUACUGUCUGCAGUCUCUGGUCUUCCCUGUACUGUCUGCAGUCUCUGGUCAUCUGUACUGUCCGCAGUCUCUGGUCAUCUCCUGUACUGUCUGCAGUCUCUGGUCAUCCCCUGUACUGUCCGCAGUCUCUGGUCAUCUCCUGUACUGUCCGCAGUCUCUGUUCAUCCCCUGUACUGUCCGCAGUCUCGGGUCAUCCCCUGUACUGUCUGCAGUCUCUGGUCAUCUCCUGUACUGUCCGCAGUCUCUGUUC